UAAGUACGUGUUGGUCCUAUGUGUGUCUGCCAUGCAAAGGACCCGAGUUUGAGCCAAAAUGUCGGGGAUUUUCGAAGAUCGUGAGCUGACAGAAGAAGGGAACACGACACCAGAGAGUGUCUCAUACGGACUGUCAACAGCCUCUGAGUUCAUAGCCAACUAUGGAUGGUUCAUUCUCUUUGGUGUGAUAGGUUUAGUUUUUAUCAACAACUGGCUGGAUACGAGACUACAAGGAUGGAAGAAACAGAGAAGCCAGGAAUCAAAUCUCAACAAAUACAAUGCGAAUGAAGUAUUAGAGAGACAGGAAGCCUUGGAGAGAGCAAGACAAAGACUACAGGCCCAGUAUGAUGCUGAGGCUGAAGAAUAUCUUCAGAAACAGAAAGAGAAAGAAGAGGAGAAGAGAAAGGAGGAGAUAGAAGACUGGGAGCGUCAUCAGAAAGGUCUUGGUUACAAAUCAAAAAAGAAAGCUCAGGAGGAAGCUGAGGAAGCGGAAGCCCGUGGAGCGAGUCGAGAGAAUAAACCUAAGAAGAAACUCCGAGAUGAUUACAAUCCACUAUGGGGCGGACAAGGUUCAGGAUUCAGGCCGGCACCUAGACGAGGAUUCAGCGGAGGUGGAUGAGGUUAAAGGUCGUACACAGGUCAUUCAGAGGUCACACAGUAAUCCAGUCAUGCUUCAUCAAA